AUGACAGUAUAUUCAGCAAUAUGGAAAGAUGGUCCAUUAUACAAAAAGAACAGAUUGGAUAAUUAUUAUACAAGAGAUUCAAAUAAAGAAGUAGCAUUGAAAUGCUCAUAUAACUCGCAAGAUUCUAUUGAACUUGUAAUAAAUAAGGCUAAAAAGUACUUAGAAAAAUUUAAUAGAAAAAUCUUCAAACCAUACGGAAUAUCACAAAAUCCAGAUACAAAUGAUUAUAUUUUAGUUCUAGUAAGUAAUAUUAUCUGGAUAAGUGGAAAUAAAAAAAUUGAUGAUUUUAUUCAAAAAGUGCAAUUAAAAUCUAAUGAAUAUUAUCUAUAUGAAGUAUUUGAAUGGAUUCCAUAUUAUCAGCUUGAUAAAAUUAAUGAAAUAAAUAAAAAUGAUUUGAUGACAGUAUAUUCAGCAACAUGGAAAGAUGGUCCAUUAUAUUGUGAUUAUGAUAAUUAUGAAUAUACAAGAUAUUCAAAUAAAGAAGUAGCAUUAAAAUGCUUACAUAACUCACAUGAUUCUAUUGAACUUGUAAUAAAUGAGGCUAAAAAGUACUUGAAAGAAUUUAAUAGAAAAGCCUUUAAGCCAUAUGGAAUUUCACAAAAUCCAGAUACAAAAGAUUAUAUUUUAGUUCUAAAUGAUAUUAUCUGGAUAAGUGGAAAUAAAAAAAUUGAUGAUUUUAUUCAAGAAAUGCAAUCAAAUAUUAAAGAAUAUGGUGAUAUAGUAUUUGAAUGGAUACCAUAUUGUCAGCUUGAUAAAAUUAAUGAAAUAAAUAAAAAUGAUUCUACAACAGUAUAUUCAGCAAUAUGGAAAGAUGGUCCAUUAUAUUUUAAUUGCAAUAAUCUUAAAUAUACAAGAGAUUCAUGUAAAGAAGUUGCUUUAAAAUGCUUACAUAACUCACAAGAUCUUAUUGAAUUUGUAAUAAAUGAGGCUGAAUAUUAUUUACUAAUUAGGAAAGUUAAACCAUAUGGAAUAUCUAAAAAUCCAAAUACAAAUGAUUUUAUUUUAGUUUUAAAUCUUACAAGCAGAAACAAAUUAAUUGACAAUUCCUUUAUUUUAUACAUUCCAUAUUCUGAGUUUUAUAAUAUUAAAAAAAUAGGUAAAGGUGGGUUUGCUACAAUAUAUUUAGCAACGUGGAAUGAUAAAAAAGUUGCUUUAAAAUGUUUAGAUAAUUUACAAAAUUCUAAUAUUGAAUUAACAAAUGAGGCUAGAGCAUAUUCAACUGCUAGAUCAAUUGAUGAUAGCAAUAUUUUAAAAAUAUAUGGAAUAUCUCAAAAUCCAAAUACAGAAGAAUAUGUUAUUGUUCUUCAUUAUGCAAAUGGUGGAGAUUUUAAUAAUUGGAUAAGUGUAAAUGAAAACUUUAAAUAUUUUAGCUGGGAAAAGAAGUUAGGAACAUUAUACUUUAUUGCAUGUGGUCUUAAAAAAAUUCAUGAAAAACAGAUGGUUCAUCAUGAUUUUCAUACAGGAAAUAUAUUAUUUAAUAUUUCUUCUAUGGAGGAAUAUGGCAACAGAAUAUAUAUUUCUGAUAUGGGAUUAUGUAGAAAAGUUGAUGAUAUUAAUCAAAAUAAUAUUUAUGGAGUAAUGCCUUAUGUGGCACCUGAAGUACUAAGAGGAUGUACUUAUACUCAAGUAGCAGAUAUCUAUAGUUUUGGUAUGAUUAUGUAUUUUGCAUUAACUGGAAGGCAGCCUUUUGAUGAUCGUGCGCAUGAUCAUCUUUUAGCACUAGAUAUCUGUAAUGGAAUUCGACCUAAAUUAAAUGAAACAGGAACACCAGAAGGUUAUAUUGAUUUAAUGAAAAAAUGUUGGAAUUCAAAUCCAGAAAAUAGACCUAAUGUAAUUGAAUUAAAUCUUUCACUUUUUUGCAUUACCAUUAAUAAUUUAGAAAUUAAAAAAGCAGAGAAUUAUAGAAAUUUACACCUUUCUUCUUUAAUGGAAAAUAGACAAACAACCACUCAUCCUCAAGCUAUUUAUACAUCUCGGUUACUUAAUCCUUUUACAAAAGAUCUUCCAAAAUAUGAUAAUAAUUCUGAAUGUUUAGACUGUGCAAUUUUGGAUUAG